AUGGGAGACCAGAGCAUAGCAACGCUUCCGGACACUCGUAACUACCUACGAUAUCGUAGCUCCUUCACACUACAGCUAUUGGUGUAUCUAGCGGUGAUGGUGAUGGUGAUGCAGGGCCUGGAACGAGAUUACAGUGCAGAUACAGGUAAGAACUAUGUCGACAAUAAGAAUUAUGUUGACACUAAGAACUAUGUUGACACUAAGAACUAUGGCGACGAUAAGAACUAUGUUGACAAUAAGAAUUAUGUUGACAAUAAGAACUAUGUCGACAAUAAGAAUUAUGUUGACACUAAGAACUAUGUCGACAGUAAGAAUUAUGUCGACAAUAAGAACCAUGUCGACAAUAAGAACUGUGUCGACAAUGAGAACUAUGUCGACACUAAGAACUAUGUCGACAAUAAGAACUAUGUUGACACUAAGAACUAUGUCGACAGUAAGAAUUAUGACGACAAUAAGAACUAUGUCGACAAUUUGAAUUAUUUCGACACUAAGAAGUAUGUCGACAAUCUGAGUCAUCUCGACAAAAAGAACUGUGUCGACAAUAAGAACUAUGUCGACAAUAAGAACUAUGUCGACAAUAAGAACUAUGUCGACAAUGAGAACUAUGUCGACAAUAAGAACUAUGUCGACACUAAGAACUAUGUCGACACUAAGAACUAUGUCGACACUAAGAACUAUGUCGACAAUCUGAAUUGUGUCGAUAAUAUUAUGUCGACUAGCGAUAGUUCAGUCAUCAUGCACUAG